AUCAAGGAGACAAACACACACACAAUUACAACAAAAGAGAAAGGGAUGAACAAACAAGAAAAGGGAAAUAGAGCUAAAAGAAACCUAGCUGCUCUUCAUCUUCAAUCGCCGUUGCUCCUUCUGUUUUAGCCAAAAACGCACCAAACAGCACUUUCGUGCAUAUUUUCGGCGAGUUUGGAGGUCCGUUGAUUUCAUCCGAGUUCGAGUGCUGUUUCGAAUUUCACUUGUAGUGCGCCAUUCCGUCUAUCCUAGUUGCUGGAUUUUUGUUUUGUCAAUUGAAGGCUUUUGAGAACUUCUGUGAGUACAAGGAACUGUAAUGGAUGCUUACAUGACUGGGAUUCCUCUUCAUCAUUUGCCGAGGGAGGAAGCUAAAGAGUGUACGCUGUUGAUUCGGCAUCUUCCAGAAGCAGUUCCUCAUGAAACCCUUUCUAGAUUGCUCUCCAAUUACGGCGCAUCUUCUAUUCGUCCUUGUACUAGUGGCAGAGUGAGGAAUUAUGUGUUUGUGGAUUUCAAGGAUGAAAGUCUGGCACAUCAAGCGCAACAGCAUUUGAAUGGGGUACGGUUUCUUGGUAAAACAUUAGCAGUUGAACGGGCUAAUAAAAGCAUAGAGAGAGAUAAAUAUCGACAAAGUGAACCUCGGAUUGUAGAAGACUCUGUCUCUUUGAUCAACGAUGCUACUGCUAAAGAAUUCGGUGGAGGAUCUAGAAGAGAUCCUCAUCCUGGCAGCGAACCCAUUGCUGAAAGACUUGGGGUGGAUUAUCCAUUUCCUCCUCACCUCGAAUAUGUUUACCCCCCACCUGAUGGGCAUAUACUUACAAAUAUUGUAAAUGCUCUCAUUGCUGUUCCUCGGUUCUACACACAGGUCUUACACUUGAUGAACAAGAUGAAUAUUCCAGCUCCAUUUCGGAUGGCUCUGCCGACUCCACCUCUACCAACUUCCUUAUCUGUUCCACCUCCACCCCCUCCCCCACCUCCUCCAACAGUUUCUGAGAGUAGACUGGAAAAUUUAUCAAGUAGUGAAUCAGAAAUGGAGUCUUCAGAUGAGAGUAAU